AACCGCCCGAGAUUAGAGAUUCCCAAUGGAACCACCACAAACCUUUGUGUUUUGGUGAGCUCUGAGGAUGUCCCGUCACGUCACGUGUUGAGCUCCUAGACUUUACAACUCACCGUGCAGGGCAUGCAGGAGCUUUAGAAUUGUAGCUAUUUGUUCGCAGCUGGCGAUUCCCACACACUCUUGCAUCAUACGCUCUCCGGCCUGGUGGAAUAGAGAAUAAUGGUUGACGUUCCAUCCGAGGAUUUGUAAGCAGAGCUGUAAUCCGCAAUCGACUUUUCCUUUCAUUAGAGUUCUCACGUGUAAUCCGACGUCAAUAGGGUGUGUGGAAGUGCACACCAUGAGCACCACGAGCCUUCCCGGAGGAAGGCCCCGUCCGUCCUCCCUGUCGAAAGCAAAAUACAUACGUGGAGUCGGCAUGUCGCUGACGUGGCACAACGUGUUAGCGCACGCAUCGAUUCUCUUGCUGCUUCUGGUCGCUCCGCGAGCCGCUAACGCCGCUGACUGGGCGACGAUCGCGAAGAGGCUGGAUCCAACGGGGCAGAUCCUGACGUCCUGGAUGAACGGCGGCAACCCUUGCGCCGACCCUCCUUUCUUAGGCGUGCAGUGCGACUCGGAGGGCCGCGUGCAGUCGAUCUCGCUGGUGGGGCGCGAUUUGGUGGGCAGCGUGCCGGACGAGCUGUCGCAGGUGAACGAGCUGAUCAGCCUGAACCUUGACCAGAACAAGCUCACGGGCGUCAUCCCCAACACGCUCAACAACCUCGUGCACCUGCAGUCCGCGUCGAUAUGCUGCAACCUGCUCAGCGGCCAGAUCCCGGACCUGAGCCCCAUGACGGCGCUCAACCUGCUGCAUCUGGAUGGCAACUUCCUGCAGGACGCCAUUCCUGAAUCGCUCGGCAAGCUGCUUCAGCUGAAGGACCUGCAGCUGAACAGCAACCACCUGUCCGGCACAGUGCCGUCGGUGCUCGGCAAUCUCCAGGCGCUCACCGUGCUGCGCCUCGACCACAACUACCUCAGCGGCACGCUGCCGUCCUCGCUGACGUGGCUCGCCACCACCCCCAACGCCGUCUUUAACUUCACCGAGAAUCUCUCCGACUUCUGCGGGCCCGCGCAGCUGGGCUUGCCGCUCUGCCCCGACGAUCCCAACUACGUCCCCCCCGGUACAGUGCCGCCGCCGGUGGCGUCUCCCUCCACGCCACCGCCAACCGACCCCACUCCCUCUCCCACCCCUCCCACCCCUUCCCCGCCCUCCGGCGGGCAAGCGCCCCCCUCCACCCCGUCUCCCGCACCUACCCCCGGCUCCCCCGGGUCCUCCAAUUCCGCUUUGUCUAAUUCCUCGAACGGUGGUAGCAACAGCACCAGCAGCAGCAGCGGCGACGGGGGCGGAGUGAGUGUUGCGGUUAUCGCGGGCGCGGCGGGAGGCGUAGCGGCGCUUGCGGUGAUGGGGCUGCUGGCAUGUUACUGCCUGCGCGCGCGGAAGCGGAAGACGGCGGUGAACGCCGCUGCGGGCGGGGCGGCGGGGGCAGCGGAAGAGGCGGCAGAGAUGAUGGAGAAGGGGCAUCAGGGUGCCGCGCUUGCUGCUGCCAAGGGUGCCAGCGCAGCGAAAGCGGGCGCAGCGGCAUCGGCGCGCAGUGCUUCCAUCAAGAAGGCCAGCGGGAACGCGGCAGGCGGCGGCAGUGGGCGCAAGGGCGUGGGAGGGUCAGGACAAGCUCGCGGUGAUGGCGGCGUUGCAGAUGCAGCACCCGGAGCGGUGGAGAGCGGUGCUGGCAGCAACUACCCAGCGCCAGUGACGAUCACGGUUGAGAAGGCCGGGGCGGCAACGGGAGGGGGGGUUACAGAGCCGCUGAUUUCCGCUGCCGGGGGAGCAGCCUCUGGGGGAGGGGGAGGGGGCGCAGGCGCAGCGGUGGGGGCUGUAGCUGGCGCUGCUGCUGUCGCCGCUGCUGUUGGUGUGGGCGCGGCUGUAGCAGCAAGUCAGGAUAAACGGAAGAGCAGUCCGAGAGAGUCGAGCAGCAAUCAGGGGAGCAGUAGCACGCGCAGCAGCGUGGAUAGGGAGGAGGGUGGCGGAGGGAGCGCAAGUGGCAGAAACGGACGCCCCUUGCCGCCCGGGCUGAAGUGGUCCAAGGGCAGCGGGAGAAAGUUUGUAGACGAGAGCGAUGAGGAGGAUGACCUGACCAAUAAGAAGUUCUUCCCGCCGCCGCCGCCCCCGCCCCAUCUAUCCCCCCCAUCCGGAUCUCCACCCUCCGCUACCAGUGGCUCUGGCUCUGCUGCUGCGGGGAAGUCGCCCUCUACUCCCCCACUGCGCCCUCCCCCCCUGGCAUCCUCCCCGUCGGCCGCUCUUGCCAGUGCAGAGAAGCAGUCGUCUCCGCGUCCGCCGCUUCCUCCCCCCCCUGCCUUCGGGCACAAGCAGCCCGCGUCCCCUCGCAGACUAUCCGGAGACUCGCCCACUGCUGCUGCUGACGCUUCUGCCGCUGUAGCUUCUGCUGCUGGGGGGGGCGGUUCUGGGGCGUCGUCUCCUGGUGCUCUUGGUGGCGCUGGUGCCGCAUCUGCUUCUAAAGCGGGUGGUUCUUCUGCUGCGGUGGCGGCAGUCGCUGCAGCGACAGCCGCAGUGGCUGUUGCAGGUGCAGCGGGCGCAGCAGCGGCGGCUUCCGCGUCGAGCCCCAAGGCCCGUAGCUCGUCCCCCAGUCGCCCGCCUGUUGUUAUCCCCCCUGUCGUGCCGCUACCCACGCUCAAGUCCCUCAACUCCGGGAAAAAUCCUCGGGCGGGUAGCCCAGGACUUUCGGCUGUUGUUGCUCCUGCUGCAGGCAAUCAGGACAGUGAAGGGGGGGAGAAAGAUAAGGGCAAGGAGAAAGAGAGAGGCGGGGAGAAGGGCAAGCCUUCCCCUCCGGCUGCUGCUGCGGCGGUGGGAGUGGCGUACGGCAACGCUGGCAGGGCUCUGCGCGCGGCUGAUCUGGAGCUAGACGACAAGGGCGCGGGGGGAUCCGCCGUGGGGGAUGGCAGCAGCGCCGGGGGAGACGACGACAGCAGUGACGUGGGAGGCGCUACUGGCAGUGGCGCUGCUGCUGGUGCUGCUGGGGUUGCUGGUAUCGGCAUGGCGGCUGGUGCUGGCUAUACUGGGUCAGGUCGCGGUGGGCUGUCCCGUGGGGGAAUGGGGUCAGGGCGAGAGCUGGGCAGUCCGGGUGGUGGUGGUGGGGGCACGUGGGCGGGGGGGUCGGAUAUGGCGUCUGAGGCGUCGGAGGAGAGUGGCAAGGGCGGGUGGGAGCGCGCUUUCUCAUUCACGGAGCUGGCGCUGGCGACGAACGACUUUGGGGCGCGCGGGCAGAGGAACGUGGUGGGGCAGGGGCGCAACGGCACGGUGUACAAGGCCCGGCUGCCGGAUGGCACUACCGUCGCUGUGAAACGACUCUCAAAUAAAAAUCCCGACCAGACGGUGCGUGAGUUCCGCUUCGAGGCGGACGCCAUGGCGCACGCGCGGCACCCGAACGUGGUGGCGCUGCUGGGGUGCUGCGCGGAGGGCGACGAGCGCAUGCUCAUCAGCGAGUUCGUGCCUAAUGGCCCGCUCGACCUCUGGCUGCACGGCACAGGCGGGGGAGGGGCGGGAGGAGGCGGAGGGGGUGGUGCGUUUGGUGCGGGGCCCACGGAGCCCAUGGAGUGGCCGCUGCGGGUGCAUGUGGCGCUGGGAUGCGCCAGAGGGCUGUCGUACCUGCACGAGGGCAUGGACGUGAAGGUGGUGCACCGCGACGUGAAGGCGUCGAACGUGCUGCUGGACGCGCAGUGGAACCCCAAGCUUGGGGACUUCGCGCUCGCCAAGAUCAUGGGCAAGGACCAGACGCACGCCGCCACGCGCGUUGUCGGCACCUACGGGUACGUGGCGCCCGAGUACCUGAACACGGGUAUUCUGACAGAGCGCAGUGACGUGUACAGCUACGGCGUGCUGCUGCUUGAGCUCGUGACUGGCAGGCGACCCAUCGACAACCACCUGCCGCCGGAACAGGUGGACGUGGUGCGGUGGGUGAAGCGGUUGUCAGCGGAGGAGCGCGUGGUGGAGGCGCUGGAUCCGCGCAUAGCGGGCAGCGUGCCGGGCGAUGACGUGGAGUAUGUGGUGGGCAUUGCGCUGCGCUGCAUCGACGCCAACGCGCUCAAGCGCCCGCGCAUGAAGCAGAUCGUGCACAUGCUCGAGAGCGAGGACCCCGCCCUGAGAGACGGGUGGGUGGCGAAGAGGCCGAGUCCUGCGAGUGCCAAGGCGCUGCGUGACUCCAGUCCGUCCUGGUACCACCGCGGUGCUGCCUCGGAAUCCCCCGCCGCGCCUUCCUCUGCCACCGCUGCUGUCAUGGCCAUCUCCCGAGCCAGCCCCCGAGGCUCCAGCCCCAGGUUCGGCGGGGCAGUUCCUGGGGUCUCUGCGCCGGGUUCAGCGCGCGCUGCAGUCACCAGGCACACCGACAUGCUUCGCUCGGGCAGCCCGAGGAAUUUUGUUGGUGGUGCCACGGGCAGCAGCCCGAAAGCGGCGGAUAUUGGCGGGAUGAUUGCGUCGGCUGCGAUGAAAGCAGGUGCGGUGGGUGGGAGCCCGCGAGCAGGUGGGUAUAUUGGAUACAGCCCCACGAAAGGAGGGGGUGCAGUUCCAGCUUCCCCACCAUCAGCAAGAAAUGGUGGUGUGAGCGGAGCAUCGAGGGUGAGUGCAAGCCCACCGAAACUGCCUCCUUAUGCGCAGGGAGGGAGCCCGUCUGCUGCCAGGCUUGCUGGGAUGGGAGGGACAGGAGGGCUAAGGGGGGGAAGUCCAGGGGGUGCUGGGUAUAGGACUGGCUCCAGUCCUAAUGCUCCGCUGUAUGGCGUGGGUUCAGGAGGGAUGUACGGCCAAGGAGGGUCUGGAAGAAUGGGUGAUGGCGGUGGUGCUGCCGAGGGCAUUAUCUCAAGCCAAGCGAUGAGCAUUUCCACGACGCGGGGAUUGGGAGGUUGGAGUAGGCGAUAGGGGCUUGAAAAUUCGGCGAGGAUUGCAGUGGAUGGUAUGGAGUACUUUUAGUGGCUGUGGGAGAAAGUGGUGAUAGUUUUGACUAGUUUUAAAGCUUAUGUUUUGGUUGGGACAACAAGUCCAUUGGUACACAUGAUUGUCUUGCAUUAAUGGUUGAACAAAUCGUUUG